CGCGCGCGCAAUUUCCGUUGAUUUCCGUCCCUCGUGAGUCGCCGUAGCGCGACCGCCGGUGGGGCCCUGAGUUCGAGUUCUACGACCCUCCGGCCUGUCGGAGCCCACGAUGUUCCCGGAGCUCAACAACUUGCUGGACGCCUCCCCGGACAAGCCCGAGGAGGGGACACUCACGCUCCUCUGCGACGUCAAGACGGAUGGCAGUUUCCUCGUGCAUCACUUUCUCUCCUUCUACCUCAGAGCCGGUUGUAAGGUGUGUUUCGUGGCCCUUCUCCAGUCCUUCAGCCAUUAUAACAUCGUCGCACAGAAGCUGGGGGUCAGCCUGGCUGCGGCCAAGGAGCGGGGCCAGCUGGUCUUCUUCGAAGGCCUCAAGUCCACUGCCGGGGCCCUCUCCGGAUCCGAGGAGCCGUCCCACCCCCUUCCCUUUAUCAGGGGCGGGAGCCGGGACCUGCGGCCGCUCUCGGACUUCGUGCGCCGGGCCCUGAUGCCCCCGGACGAUGCCACCGGCUCCCCGAGUCGCCCGGCGCUGCUGGUGGAUGACCUGAGCGUCCUGCUCAGCCUGGGCCUGGCCCCCGUCGCUGUACUGGACUUCAUCCACUCCUGUAGAGUCACCGUGUGCCGCCGGCUGAAGCGCUUACUAUUAUUAAAGCUGGAGAGGCCCAAAGUGGGGCAGCACGGUCGGGUCCGGGGUCCCCCGACCCCCCGCUCGCCAGGCCGUUCACCGCCCGUCCCCCAUCCCCCCGGCGCUCCGCAGGGCAACGUGGUGGUCCUGGCGCACGACGGCGGCGACGGCGAGGACGAGGAGAACGACCUGCUGGUCAACGCCCUGGGCCACCAGAGCGGCCUGAUCCUCCGGGCCGAGGGCCUGGCCACCGGCUUCUGCGAGGACGUCCACGGGCAGCUGACCAUCAGGCGCCGGGGGCCACCCUGGCUGAAAGCGAAGCGGGAGCCCCUUCAGAUCUACCAGUAUAAAAUCCAGGACAAGAGCGUCUCGUUUUUCGCCCGGGGGAUGUCCGCCGCCGGGCCGUGAGCCGGGCCGCUGCCCGCCGUGGAGGCCCGACGGGACGUUCGGGGGGGGUUGGGAUGAGCUAAGCGACGGGACCCCCCUCGUCGAGCCCCCCGUACCACUGCGCUCCACGGACUCUGCCGCUCUGGGGGAGGGCGUUGGGCCUGGUCAUCCCAAUCCAGGCUUCGCCACGGGACGCACGGCCGGCCUGGUCCUCGGCACGGAUGCCUUCCGGGUGCAUGGGGUCCGCCGGGACAACCCCCGGGAUCGAUGGUCCUCGAGGAGCCGAAGGAGGAAUUUUAGACUGUGAGCCCACUGUUGGGUAGGGACUGUCUCUAUAUGUUGCCAACUUGUACUUCCC